AUGAGUAGUUACUUGAGUCAAUUGGUACCCAGAAUACCAUUGAUUGGAGGUAAUGAAACUGGGAAUGACUACUUGAAAACCAUUCAAGGUAAAACCCCGAAGCUAAAAUAUAUCACCAUUUUCAACCCGGAGUUCAUCACUGGUAAGGGCGAGGAGAACGAAGACUUGUUACAUCAAAUCUUUUGUUUUAUAUCCGAUAAUAAUGAAGGAGAUGAUCUAGAAUCUAACAAAGUUGAACAGGUUCGUAUUAUAGGACUUGUUCAAGCAAUGGAAGGGUUGUCUAAUGAUUUCAAUAACACCAAAGGCUCGGAAGCUCAUAUAAUCAACGCCAGCAAAUCCACUAUAAUUGUUAAAUCGCUUGAAGGAUCAUUCACUUUAGCGUGCUCAAUCUCAAUGCCUGAAGAUGCAAUCAAGCAAGCGGCUAUAAGCCAGCAGAUGAUCAAUUUAAUCGAUAUGUCGUAUGACUUUUUCAAGCUUCUCAAUACAAGCUUUGCCAAUAUCAUGGACAACUAUAACUCUGACAUUUUGAGAAAUUUGAUCAAAGAGAACUGGUCAGGCUUCUUUCAAAGCUACAACUCGGAAAACUUCAAGUUUCCCCCCACCGUUAAAUGGCCUAAUAGCUUGAAUUAUAAAGGAUUCUUAGGGUUUUUUGAUAGCCUUGAGCCUGAACCCAAGCUCUAUAAAAAGUCAUCAAUUGAACUCAAUUACAACAUGAAAUACGAGAUAGAUCAGGUUCUAAGCUCUCUGGGAUCAGAUGGUCCUUUGGGUGUUAUACUUAGCUGUUUUAAUAAGAGUGUGCCCAAGAAAUACGGACUUAUAUUCAGUAAUUCUUGCUUUGAUGAUGAACUACAGGAGUCUUCGAUACUGAAUGACAGCCUUAUAGAUAUUUACAACUACCUCGAGUAUUAUGACUAUCAUGAUAAGUUGAAUACAGCUGAUUUGAUCAAACUCAGCAACAAGGACCUCUUUUCGUCGCCUUCACAAAUGAAAGAGAACAUUAACAUUGAGUUUGCAGAAGAAAGACAAACAAGCGAGGAAACAGAGACUAACUACUUGAGAGAUGGAGUUUAUUUUGCACGAGAUAUGUUGAAUCCAAUCAACUUGACCAAUAAUUUGGUGAUUCUGCCCCUAAACUAUACCAUGAACAGCAUGAUGAACAUGAGAUUGAAUUCCGAACCAAGCAACUGGUUGAAAAUUCCAACUUAUUUCCAGUUUGGUAGUGAUGCUGAACCAGUUUCUGAAAUUAGGGUAGAAGAACUGCCGUCAAUUCCCGGUUCAUAUGUGAUCGGGUUGGUGAGAGACAAAACUGGCACCGAAAUCAUCCAGAGAAAGCUCGUCUACUUGGACACCAAAAUGAAAAACGGGCAAGGAGAAGUUGUCCAAGAAGAACGAGAGUAUCUGUUGGUUAUAUACGAAAAAGAUGGAAUUUAUAUGACAUUGAUCUAUAAUUCAUCCAUGGCAGAGUUGGAUGAUCCCCAGUUUUACCUGAAAUUAAGCAAGAACACUAUCAUUCCAACUUUAGAUGAGCUGGCAGAUUUUUUACAAGGAACUGACAUGAUGGAGUCGAGUGUUGGGUCUCUAACGAAAAGUAUAAAUGAGUCGGCAGCUGACCAAGUGGAUAGUGAUUUCUUCUUUGUCAUCUAUGAUGAACAGGAGAAGCACAUCAAAUCAUCACUCCCAUAUUUACCACUACCCAUAAACUUGGAGGAGGUGAACCAGGCAGACAAGUCAGCUCUAAACAUACGAAGUGCUAUGUUCUACCUCCAUGAUCAGCUUCUUGACUUGUUUUUUCUCCAGAAAACUGAGUUCUUGAAAAACAACCACCUUAAUGAAUACUUCCACAAAUUCAGCACCAAUAAAAUCAAUGACUGGAUGUUCUACUACAUCAAAUACGAAGAAAAGUAUAUUAUCAUAAUCAGAAACAUUAAUCAUAAUAAUGCCUUUAAAAGAAGAAGGCACUUGGCUCAAGUCAAAUCGGGUGUACUGGUUGUAUCAGAAAACGUCAUAAAGGUGGACUUCCUAGAUAAUUUGGGCGAUGAUGUCAAGCUCUGGUUCGAGAACUACAUGAUCAACGGCAGCACAUAG